GGCUGCGGGGUCGGCCGGCGGGCCCAGCAUGGCGGUGGAGGAGGAGGGGCUGCGCGUCUUCCAGAGCGUGCGGGUCAAGAUCGGUGAAGCCAAGAACCUCCCCACGUGCCCGGGGCCCAGCAAGAUGCGGGGCUGCUACUGCACCGUGAACCUGGACCAGGAGGAGGUCUUCCGCACCCAGACCGUGGAGAAGUCCCUCUGCCCCUUCUACGGCGAGGACUUCUACUGCGAGAUCCCGCGGAGCUUCCGGCACCUGUCCUUCUACAUCUUCGACAGAGACGUCUUCCGGAGGGACUCCAUCAUCGGGAAGGUGGCCAUCCAGAAGGAGGACCUGCAGAAGUACCACAACAGGGACACCUGGUUCCAGCUGCAGCACGUGGACGCCGACUCGGAGGUGCAGGGCAAGGUCCACCUGGAGCUGAGACUGAGCGAGGUCAUCACCGACUCGGGCGCCGUCUGCCACAAGCUGGCCGCACGCAUCCUUGAGUGCCAGGGCCUCCCCAUCGUGAACGGGCAGUGUGACCCCUACGCCACUGUGACGCUGGCUGGACCUUACAGGUCGGAAGCCAAGAAGACAAAGGUGAAGAAGAAGACCAACAACCCCCACUUUGACGAGGUGUUUUAUUUUGAGGUGACCAGACCUUGCAGCUACAGCCGGAAGUCCCACUUCGACUGUGAGGAGGAGGACGUGGACAAGCUUGAGAUCCGAGUGGACCUGUGGAACGCCAGCAACCUCAAGUUUGGAGACGAGUUUCUGGGAGAGCUGCGGGUCCCGCUGACCGUGCUGGGGCAGUCCAGCUCCUACGAGGCCUGGUACUUCCUGCAGCCGCGGGACAGCGGCGGCAAGAACCUGAAGCCCGGGGACCUGGGGUCGCUGCGCCUCAACGUGGUGUACACGGAGGACCACGUGUUCGCGUCCGACUCCUACAGCGCGCUGCGCGGCCUGCUGCUGCGCUCGGCCGACGUGGAGCCCGUGUCGGCGUCCGCGGCCCACGUCCUGGGCGAGGUCUGCAGGGAGAAGCAGGAGGCGGCCGUCCCGCUGGUGCGGCUCUUCCUGCACUACGGCCGCGUGGUGCCCUUCAUCAGCGCCAUCGCCGGCGCCGAGGUCCGCCGCACCCAGGACCCCAACACCAUCUUCCGCGGAAACUCGCUGACGUCCAAGUGCAUCGACGAGACCAUGAAGCUGGCGGGGAUGCAGUACCUGCACGUCACGCUCAAGCCCGCCAUCGAGGAGAUCAUCCACAGCCACAAGCCCUGCGAGAUCGACCCCGUGAAGCUGAAGGACGGCGAGAACCUGGAGAGCAACAUGGAGAACCUGCGGCAGCACGUGGACCGCGUCUUCAGCGCCAUCACCAAGUCGGGGGUGAGCUGCCCCACCGUCAUGUGCGACAUCUUCUUCUCCUUGCGGGAGGCGGCCGCCAAGCGGUUCCAGGAUGACCUGGAUGUGAGGUACACAGCUGUGAGCGGCUUCAUCUUCCUGAGGUUCUUUGCACCCGCCAUCCUCUCUCCCAACCUCUUCCAGCUCACACCACACCACACGGACCCUCAGGUGUCCAGGACGCUGACCCUGAUCUCAAAGACCAUCCAGACGCUCGGCAGCCUGUCCAAGUCCAAGUCUGCCAGCUUUAAGGAGUCCUACAUGGCCGCGUUUUAUGAAUUCUUCAACGAGCAGCAAUACGCCGACGCGGUAAAAGAUUUCUUGGACCUGAUCUCAUCAUCCGGGAGAAGAGACCCCAAGAAUGUGGAGCAGCCCAUCCUGCUCAAGGAGGGGUUCAUGAUCAAGAGAGCACAGGGCCGAAAACGCUUUGGGAUGAAGAACUUUAAGAAGAGAUGGUUCCGCCUGACAAACCACGAAUUCACCUACCAGAAGAGCAAAGGAGACCCGCCACUCUACAGCAUCCCCAUUGAGAACAUCCUGGCGGUGGAGAAGCUGGAGGAGGAAUCCUUCAAGAUGAAGAACAUGUUCCAGGUGAUCCAGCCGGAGCGGGCGCUGUACAUCCAGGCCAGCAACUGCGUGGAGGCCAAAGCCUGGACGGACAUCCUCACCAAGGUGAGCCAGCGCAACCAGCGGCGGCUGACCGUCUACCACCCCUCUGCCUACCUGAACGGCCACUGGCUGUGUUGCCGGGCCUCCUCGGACACGGCCGCCGGCUGCAGCCCCUGCACCGGGGGCCUCCCAGCAAACAUUCAGCUGGACAUCGACGGGGACCGGGAGACCGAGCGCAUCUACUCCCUCUUCAGCUCGUACAUGAGCAGGCUGGAGAAGAUGCAAGAGGCCUGCGGGAGCCGGUCGGUGUAUGACGGGCCAGAGCAGGAGGAGCACGCCGCCUUCCUCAUCGACGACCCCCAGGAGACCUACAAGACCCUGCGGCAGGUCAUCGCGGGCGUGGCGGCCCUGGAGCAGGAGCAUGCCCAGUACCGCAGGGACAAGUUCAAGAAGACCAAGUACGGGAGCCAGGAGCACCCCAUCGGAGACAAGAGCUUCCAGAGCUACAUCAGCCAGCAGUCGGAGGAGUCCACGCACUCCAUCUAGCCGCGGGGCCGCCGCCGGGCGCUGGAGUCCGCCUGUGCCAGGGCGCCUCCCCCACUGCCCUGCGGGCCGCCCAGGCCGUCACACCCACUCGCACUCACUUCAGCUCAGCCAGACGGCGAGCACCUCUUUCUCCUGGACCCCUUCCCGGCGGCCCGGCCUGGCUCAGCUGCGCCUGGGGCCCUGACCCGGGCUGGAGGGUCGGCCUCCGGCAGCCGCCUUGGCAAGCCCAGCCCGGGGCACUCGACGCCGGGCCCGGAGUUCUCAGGCACGCUCCUGCG